CCGACUACCAUCUCACGUGUCGUGAUCAUGUACUGACGACGGAGGGAGAGACCCAUUGCAGUUCUGAGAUCAAAUAAAAACGAAGGAGGCUAGAAGAUCAAGGCUGAGGUAUGUUCUUCUCCCCAAUGACAGAAAGCCCAGGCUCUCCAGAAAACAUGCAGGCUGAUGAAGGAGAUGAAAUAUCUGCCCUUCUUAAUUCAACAGUCGAGGCCGAUGAAGGAGAUGCGAUCUCUGUCAUUCUCAAAGCAUCAAUAGAAUCAAACUCCAAGAAAUCCGAGCUCUCGCCAGAGGACGCUGCAUGGGCUGAUUCCUGCUUAGUGUCCGAUCCACAGCUGUCCCAAGAUAACUGGGACGACCUGCGAGAGGCACUUCUCGAGGCUCUCUCUCCUCGAGUAGUCUUUGAUGAUGAAGAAGAACCCAAAGCCUCCAUUAAUGAAAUUGCAGAAGAAAACAUACAAGCUAGGGAACUUGCUGAAGAUGAAGAAGCAACUGAAGAGCGAAAGCGAACUAGCGAGUUUGCUCAAGGUGAAGCAAUGCACAAUACUGGAGAUUUCGAGUCGCAGGACAAUAUUUUCAAAGUGUGGGAGAUUGAGACGACACAGGAGGACGAGGAGAACGAGCUGAUCAAGCAGUUGAAGAAAGCUCUCAGAGAGAGCAAAUUUCAAGAUGACAAGAUACUGGAGGUUGACGAACUGAUCGCCAACAUGGGAGAUUUAUCAAUAGAACCCCCUUCACAGUAAAUGAUCUACACCUGUAUCGUUACAUUUAUGCACUUGUUUCAGGUUGAAAAGAAUUUCAUGAUCAAAUUAUUGUCGUGUUUCAAACCAUAAUCCAAAAUGCACGAUUAAGUUACAUCAAAA